ACUCCCUCCCUCGCUUGUUCAUUGUCUAAACGUUAGAUCGGGCACUGACAGGGGCACAUGCACAUCCCACGGCGGUUUAAAACGUAUUUGACAGGUGAAAGGCCUUCAGGAGUUAGAGCAGGAUGUGAUGUGACCGACCCUCUCCCCCUUCGGACCUCUGGUGUGUGUGUGUGUGAGUGAGUGGCAACGUUCACCCACACACACCACUCAGAAUGUUUGAGGUCAAACAAAUGAGUGUGGAGAAAAAGGAAGCUGCUACAGGAACAGAUGAGCGCGGCCGGGGCAGCAGUAGCUCGGGGGGCUCUAUGUACCUGUACGAGGGGCAGGACUGGGUCAUCUCGCCCGCCUGCUCACCUGAUGAGCCCAGGGCCAUUCUCCCAUGCUGGUCCCCAACUGACUGCGCCGCCCUUGCCGCAGAAGUCAGCUCAGUCCUCAGUGCAGAGAGGGUGGAACAGAUGACCAAGACUUACAAUGACAUCGAAGUGGUCACACACCUUUUGGCUGAGAGGGACCGGGACCUGGAGUUGGCUGCUCGGAUUGGUCAGUCGCUCCUACAGAGGAACCAUGUGCUGCAGGAGAGGAAUGAGUCACUGGAGGAACAACUAGCACAGGCUCUUGACAGGGUGCACCAGCUGCAGCAUGAGCUGGGUAAGAAGGACGAAGCCAUGAUGGUGGGAAAGGCCGAGGUGAGAGCGAGACGGACUUGGCUCACACGCUUCAAACACCCCCAGCCACCAGGGGGCGCCGUCAGCCUCAGCCAGCUGGAGGCGCUGCAGAGCAAGCUACAGGACCUGGAGGAGGAGAACCUCGCCCUGCGCUCACAGGCAUGUCACCUGAAGACAGAGACAUUCACCUACGAGGAGAAGGAACAGCAGCUGGUUAACGACUGUGUGAAAGAGCUACGCGAGUCCAACAGUCAGAUGGUGACCCUGACGGACGAGCUGUCGAAGAAGAACGAGGAGCUGAUCCGACACCAGGAAGAGAUUGCCCAACUUCUCUCCCAGAUCGUGGAGCUAAGGCAUAAAGUCAAAGAGCUGGCUCUUGAGAAGGAGGAGUUGAGGAUCCAUCUGCAAGCCUCCAAAGAUGCCCAAACACAGCCAACCAAUGAGAAUCUGAAGGAGCUGGCUGAGCGUAAUGUGGAGUGUGUGGGGAUGCUGCAUGAGUCUCAGGAGGAGAUUAAGGAGCUGCGCAGUAAACAGAUGCCCUCUGCUGGCCUGCGUAGGAACACACCCUUCGGCCUCUACCCUAUGGAAUCUCUGGCGGCUGAGAUUGAGGGCCCAAUGAGGAAAGAGAUGAGUGUGGAGGAGGAGGUGGACUUCCAGGACCAGAAGGUGUCCCAGAAGCGUGUGUUCCGGACGGUGCGGGCGGUCAACGAGACCGUGGAGCGGGCAGCUGCUUUGGCCCCUCCCCCAAUCCCAGGGUCUGGGUGCAGCAGUGUGGUGAUGACCGCCCGCCCCUUCCUGUCUGGCCUUCAGGAUGACGAGUCUGCCGACAUCGCCAAGGAGGCGGCGCGCCUUGGUCAGCCGGGCUCCCCUGGAGGAAGUGACCUCGCGUCGGCACUGCACCGCCUCUCUCUGCGAAGGCAGAACUUCCUGUGCGAGCGGCAGUUCUUCCAGCAGGAGCGCGAGCGCAAGCUGCAGGAGCUAGCCCAGGAGGAGGGCGGGCCCAGCGGCUGCAGCUCACCAAUGGGAAGCCUUGUCUCCUCCUUCACCAACCUAUCAGAGUUCUCCUUCUCCUCCAGCACUUUCAAGACCUUCCUGCCAGAGAAGCUGCAGAUUGUCAAGCCCAUGGAAGGCUCCCUGACGCUGCACCACUGGCAGCAGCUGGCCCAGCCUCACCUGGCCAGCAUCCUGGACCCGCACCCAGGUGUGGUGACCAAAGGGUUCCGCCCCCUUCCGCAGGACGCCACGUACCGCCUGACUGACCUGGAGGAGGACGAGGAGGCCGAAGAGGAGGCGCGCGCCAACCGGAUCUGGGAGCUCCGCUGGGAGGAGAUGAGAGAGAGGGAGGAGAAAAGAGAGAGGGAGGAGGGGAGGAGAGAUAAGAAGGAGGAUGAGAGGAGAAGAGCGAGGGAGGAAGAGGAGGAGGAGGAAGAGGAGGAGGGAGGCAUCACGUUCCAUGUGCAGUGUUCAUCUACGCCAGAAGAGAAGAACGAGAGGAGGCCAGUAGCCAUGGAGAUGACCCACGCUCUACCGCCACUCUCUCUUUCUCCCUGGCCAUCUCCCGUCGUCAUGGCGACCACUGCAGCAUCGUCCUUGUCCUCUGCGACCCCGGUGAGCUGUGCCCUUCCUGUGACCUCUGAGCAGGAUGAUUCUGGAGUGUCUCAGGGCAGCCAGAAUGUCAGCUCUACAGCGCCACUCUCUGCUGUGAAUCCAGGGAAGUCACAGAGCUCCACCUUUUCCACCUACACCUUCACCACCUGUCGGAUCAUGCACCCCUGUGAUGUCACCCAGGUCAUGUCCAGGUAA